AUGAUAUCUAGAACCAAAUUGAUUUCUUGUUUUCCACGCUUGCUUCGCCAACUCUCUUCCAUGCCUGCGACAGUGAAGGUAACACCAAAGGAAGUUUCACUCGGAGAAUUGUGCUUACCUAACCUUGAGUUAGCAACAAGAGCUAUACACCGCGAUGGCCUUGUUGUUCUAGAAGAUGUCAUCGAACAUAAUAAACUAGACAAGCUUAAUGUCAAAAUGUUAGAAGAUGCUGCAAAACUUCAGGCAAAAGGUGAUGAUGGGCCAUAUAACUAUAACAAAGGAAAUAUUCAACAAGAUCCACCUCUUAUUAAUAGUUUUUUUGACCCAUCAAUAUAUCUUAAUAAGAUCGGUACUCAGGUUACGUCAUCUGUUCUUGGUCCUCAACCAAGAUUAACAUUUAUAUCUGGAAAUACUGCUCUCCCACCAACCAAAGAUUCACCUCCUCAAUCACAACCUGUCCAUUCUGAUGCAGAUUAUGAAGCGCCGGAAUGCCCAUACGCAUUAGUUAUUAAUGUACCACUCGUCGAUAUGUCGCCUGAAAAUGGUUCGACGGAAGUAUGGCUUGGAACUCAAAAUUAUGGUAUAGAAUGUCAGGAUGGAAAGCAUGGAGAAAGAGCAAGUGGGCGUAUCAAGCAACACAUGUUAGAUCAAAGAACCAAAGAAAGACCUUGUGUUCAACCAGUCAUUAAGAAAGGAUCUAUUGUUAUAAGAGAUUUGAGACUUUGGCAUGCUGGUAAACCAAAUCAUACUGACAAACCUAGAAUCAUGCUCGCAAUGAUUCAUUUUGCUCAUUGGUUCAGAAAUGGUAUGACCUUGGAAUGUUCUGAGAGUGCCAAGUCUAUGAUAGAAGCUUACAACAAUCUUCUCGUACAAGCAAAGUAUUUCAAAGACAAUGAACUAGAUGAGAGAUAUUUGAACCGUCCUUUUGGUAAUGCGUAUGACUUUAACCAAAACGAUCAUCUUAAUGUUCACGAUUUUAAAUAG